AACCCGGAACGACCUUUGCGAGCCAGGGCCUGCCCUUCUCCGGAGCUGGGGUCCGCAUCCACCAACCAAACGAGCUCCGCCCCACACCCCGCCCUCACCGGGCAUCAGGUGACAACGGAGCCGCGCGGUCACGUGGUUGGGGCGCGCCCGCUUGUUGUGGCUAUGGCGGCCUCAGGCUCUAGUGUGGUGAGGCGAGUGGAGGAACUCGGGGACCUAGCUCAGGCCCACAUACAGCAACUUAGCGAAGCCGCCGGUGAAGACGAUCACUUUUUAAUUCGGGCCUCUGCAGCUCUUGAAAAAUUGAAACUCUUGUGUGGAGAAGACAAAGAAUGUUCAAGACCAUCAAAUCUACUAGAACUGUACACACAGGCUAUUUUGGACAUGACAUAUUUUGAGGAGAACAAACUAGUAGAUGAAGAUUUUCCUGAAGAUUCUUCAGAGAAAGUAAAAGAGCUGAUCGGUUUUCUUUCUGAACCAGAAAUUUUAGUUAAAGAAAAUAAUAUGCAUCCAAAACACUGUGAAUUGCUUGGGGAUGAACUCCUGGAAUGUCUUUCUUGGCGACGAGGAGCCCUACUUUAUAUGUAUUGUCAUUCUCUGACCAAAAGGAGAGAGUGGCUCACGAGAAAAUCUAGUUUGCUUAAAGAGUACCUUGUUGAUGGAAUCAGUUACUUGCUACAGAUGCUAAAUUAUCGGUGUCCUAUCCAAUUAAAUGAAGGAGUUUCUUUCCAAGACCUAGACACAGCUAAGUUACUGAGUGAAGGAAUAUUUAGUGACAUUCAUUUGCUGGCUAUGAUGUACAGUGGAGAAAUGUGUUACUGGGGAUUGAAGCAUUGUGCAGAUCAACAGCCAGAAAAUCAUGAAGUGGAUACUGGUGUUUCUGGAGCAAGCUACACUACACACAAAGAACCCUUGGAUUUCCGAGAAGUAGGAGAAAAAAUUUUGAAAAAGUAUGUAUCUGUGUGCGAAGGACCCCUGAAAGAACAAGAAUGGAAUACAACAAAUGCAAAACAAAUUUUAAACUUCUUUCAGCAUCGCUCUAACUAGUAAGUUCAUCUAGUCCUUAUUGAACAGAAAAACAAAAGACUCUUCCAUUUCAUGGAAGAGUCCUAGAAAAGAAGACAUGUUGACACUGAAUUUAAGAGCGUCACACUACAUAAAGAUGUCCAGCAUGGUUAACUGUUUUUAAAUGCCCUCACCAUCUUUCACUAUAUUCUUAAACCUGUGAAGGAACAAUAAUUUCUAAAAUAGCAUGUAUGUUAUUCUAACUCAGCCUGAACUACAGAUAUCCUGUAACUAAUACUAAGGAGGAUUCCAGUUUAGCUUUACAAAGGUUUUUUUCUAUUACUUCAGAUUAUUUUUUUCCAUUGUGAUAAAAUAUACAUAAAGUUGACCAUUUUAACUAUUUUUAGAUUAUUUUUCAAUCUCCCUGUCUUGAAAUUUGCUAUGCUUCAAAGGUUAAAAUCGAGUCAUCUCACUGCUUUGGCAAAAUUAAAAGUAAUAUUCAGAUUCCAUUUCCAGAAUAAGAUAAUAAAAGACUUCACAAAAGAAUUGUUUAAUUAUUUUACCAUGUACUACAAAUGGCAUUUAAAAUUUUUAUUAGGCAUUUUAUAAAAUUUUAAAAAUGAUUUUCCUAUCUUGUUUUAAAGAAUAUCAUGACUUAUCAAAUGCUUAAUGAAGACAAAAACCAAGUUAGGUUAGUCCACCAUUAGUCCACUGUUAGCUCAUAUGUCUUUAAGGCGUACCUUUUCAUAUGUAUCAAAAUUUUAAUAGAUACAUAUAUAUGUGUGUGUGUAUGUAUAUAUAUAUAUACAUACAUAUAU